AUGUCUGCUCAAGAUUUCAUUGGAAAAUGGAAAUUCGUCGAAGCUGAAAAUUUCGAAGAAUAUCUGAAAGAACUUGGAGUUGGAUUGAUGGCCAGAAAAGCUGCGGUGAAUUUGAAACCCACUUUGGAAAUCACGAAUGAAGGAGAUGUUUGGCAUUUCAACGCGAAUUCUUCAUUGAAAAACAAAGAUGUGUCUUUCAAACUUGGAGAGGUAAGGAAAUUCAGAAGAUCUCAUGAAAAUCCGAAGUUUUCAGGAAUUCGAGGGGACUUCUUCAGAUGGUCGCGCUUUCAAAUCGGUAGUUGUUUUCGAGAACGGAAAAUUCGUUCAAACUCAGAAGAAGAUCAAGGAUUCUGACAAGGAAUCGAGUAUUGUUCGAAGUAUCGAAAAUGGAAAACUCAUCGUCACUUUUAAAUCUGGAAGUGUUGUUGCUCGCCGAAUUUAUGUUCGGGAAUAA